AUGACUGGUGCUCCUUUGACGUUGGAGAAGCAUGUUAUGAUAGCCAAAGAAGAACAGGAUGUUGCACAUCUACAUGUGGAUGAAGUUCGUAAGGCACUUAACCAGUUUAAUAGACAGGUAAAAAAGAAAACAAGGCUCAAUCGGAGUUUAAGAGGGUUACUAGAUGCUAAUGGUGAACCUCGGCACCACUGGGUUGCAUGGUCUAGGAUUUGUCUGCCUGUGGAGGAAGGAGGAUUGGGAAUUCAAAGUUCAUCUCAGCUUGGAAGAAUAUUGAGGAAUUUUUGCCGUUUGUCCCAAAUCAUCUUCAUUAGCAGGUUAGAGAAAUUCAACUGUAUGAAAAUGAAGAAGAUGGUUUGGCUUGGUCUUCGAAUUUAUCAAGAAGGUUUGAAACCAAAGCCUUAUGGGAUUAUGUUCGACAUAAAGGCCGACAGGUAG